GGUGAUGUGGUUGUAGCAGGCGGAACCUUCGUCCCGAAGCGGCGCUUUUCCCCGCGGCCCCCUCAGGACGAGCCCCGCACCAGGGGGCCGCGGGCUGGCAGGGCGCCUGCAUACGUUAAUAGUGUGAAUGUGAACGAGCUCUCCCUGUUACGUAGCGCAAGCCCGCUGCGUCACGGGGAGGGUUUUCCCUCACGAGCCGCCGUGGCGCGUGCCCAGCAAACACCGCCACGGGCCCGCCUCGCUCCAGAGGGAACAACGAGCAGAGCGGGCCCCACCGGGAGCGGGGCCGUGGCUGCGGUGCCCAGCUCCGCUGUUGAUUUGUGGGUGGGGAAGCUGUGACGUGACCGGAGAAGUGACGGAGGGGAGCGGCGGAGGCCCCGCCUAUGAGGCGGGAAACGCGAAGCUCCCCCGCAGCCUCUUUUAUCCCUCCCGGGCCACCGUCGAGCGCCGGAGUCCGCCCGUCCUACGGCAGCCGGCGGAGGUCAAGCGGCGGAAGGUGUCGCUACGUGAGUGCGUCACUUCCUGGCGGCGCCGGUGGCGGGGAGCACCAUGCCCAAGUUUUAUUGUGACUACUGCGACACAUACCUCACCCAUGACUCGCCCUCUGUGAGAAAAACCCACUGCAGUGGCCGAAAACACAAAGAGAAUGUGAAAGACUACUAUCAAAAAUGGAUGGAGGAACAAGCUCAGAGCCUGAUUGACAAAACAACGGCUGCAUUUCAGCAAGGGAAAAUCCCACCUACACCGUUCUCAGCACCACCUCCUGCAGGAGCCAUGAUACCGCCUCCUCCCAGCAUCCCUGGCCCCCCGCGGCCUGGCAUGAUGCCGGCCCCGCAUAUGGGUGGACCGCCGAUGAUGCCAAUGAUGGGCCCUCCACCCCCUGGAAUGAUGCCGGUUGGACCCGCUCCAGGGAUGAGGCCACCGAUGGGAGGACACAUGCCAAUGAUGCCAGGGCCCCCGAUGAUGAGACCGCCCUCCAGACCCAUGAUGGUGCCAACCAGGCCAGGAAUGACCCGUCCAGACAGAUAAAGGUGGAAAUGGAGCUGCCUUUUCUUUUUCAUAUUCCAAUCUUCCGUAUGAUAAAAUACCAUAGGCCUGUGUCCCUAGGAUUUUGUAUUCAAACAGUGUGUAGAAGAGUUCCGCUGUUACUUCAGAUUGCAGACGGUUUGACCUAGAUGCACACUGGACUGAUGCUUUUGUACCUGGUCUGGUUUUUUGGUGGUUUUUUGUUUGUAUUCCCCCCCUGCCCCAUUGAAUCAUAAAACACAACAAUAAAACAUUGAUGCUGGUUUAUGUAUGGAGAAUCUGA